AAGAUCAAUUUGAAGCGGUUACGUUUCAACAAGAAAGAUUUAGCGAAAAAGAGAUAAACAAGGAUUGGCAUCAAUCAAUCUAUGCAAUCGAUACAAAACUCAUCGAUCUACCCAAGGGUCAGAUAUUUUGCGGUUUCUGAUGAUUAUGAGCUGGUUUGAUUCACAAGGCGCUUCCUCCACUCUCAGCCGCUUCAUUGCCGGCAUUCUCUUCUUCCUUCUCUUCCAUUCCUCUCAAUUAAUCUCCAAUUUCACAAUUCCUAUACACCCUUAUACAUAAACUAGACAUCAUUUCUCAAAUCUUUGAUUCAACUAUCUCAAUGGAGCUCAAAGAUUCAAUUUUUACUGACUUGGUCGACGGUCAUUUAGCUUCACUCAUUCAUGGCUCUUGCAUUUCAACCCCAACUGUAAUUGUGAUUGGUGGAGGCAUUUCAGGGAUGGCCGCUGCUCAUAUCCUCCACAACGCUUCUCUUAAGGUAAUUUUGUUGGAAUCAAGGAAUAGAAUUGGUGGUCGCAUUCACACUGACUAUUCUUUUGGUACCCCAGUAGACAUGGGUGCAUCAUGGCUACAUGGUGUCUGCAAUGAGAACCCUCUGGCUCCACUCAUACGUCAGCUUGGGCUUAAGUUAUACCGUACAAGUGGUGACAACUCUGUGCUAUAUGACCAUGAUUUAGAGAGCUGUACACUCUUUGACAUGGAGGGUCAUCAAGUACCCCGGCAGAUGGUAAUUGAAGUUGGAGAUGUUUUCAUGAAAAUUCUCAAAGAGACGGAUAAAGUUAGAGAAGAACAUACCAAUGAUCUGUCUGUUCAUGAUGCUAUUUCAAUUGUGCUGGAAAAACACCCAGAACUAAGACAAGAAGGACGUGCUCAUCAAGUGUUACAAUGGUACAUAUGCAGAAUGGAAGCUUGGUUUGCAGCGGAUGCUGACAUGAUAUCAUUGAAGAACUGGGAUCAGGAACAUGUCCUUUCUGGGGGUCAUGGGCUAAUGGUGCAAGGUUAUUACCCAAUUGUUAAGGCUCUUGCAAAAGACAUUGACAUUCGAUUGAAUCAUCGGGUGGUAAGGAUUUCAAAUGGAAGUAGCAAUGCAAUGGUGACAACAGAGGAUGGAACAAACUUCAUUGCAGAUGCAAUAAUUGUAACUGUUCCAUUAGGGGUUCUAAAAGCCAAUCUAAUUGAGUUCGAACCCAAGUUGCCUGAUUGGAAAGUCUCGGCUAUUUCAGACCUAGGUGUAGGAAACGAGAACAAGAUCGCCUUGCAUUUUGAUAAUGUGUUCUGGCCAAAUGUUGAAUUACUGGGAGUGGUAGCUCCCACUUCAUAUUCUUGCGGCUAUUUCCUAAAUCUACAUAAAGCUACGGGUAAUCCUAUCCUUGUCUACAUGGCUGCUGGAAGAUUCUCUUAUGAUCUAGAGAAACUAUCAGAUUCAUCUCUUGUCAAGUUUGUGAUGUCUCAGUUAAGGAAUAUGUUUCCCAAUGCAACUGAUCCGAUUCAAUAUCUUGUGUCGCGAUGGGGAACUGAUAGGGACUCUUUGGGAUGUUAUUGUUACGAUAUUGUGGGGAAACCAGAGGAUGUGUACGAAAGGCUUCGAGCUCCAAUUGGUAACAUUUUCUUUGGAGGAGAAGCGGUUAGUAUAGAGAACGAGGGUUCGGUUCAUGGAGCUUAUUCUGCUGGAAUUAUGGCUGCUGAGAAUUGCCGUGCUCAUAUUAUGCAAAAGAUUGGUAGCAUAGACAAGAUCAAGAUGGUACCUUUGAGCAAUCAAGUUAUUGAGGCAACAACAAUUCCCCUCCAAAUCUCAAGGAUGUGAGCAUAAAAAACUUAAUUCUCUUAUGUUUUUUUAACUUAUUGAAUUUCUAGCUAUGUUAUUAACAACUCGUUUACGAAAAGAUUUGUAAACGAGUUGGUCCCUCUUGGCUCAAUUAAACGAGAACAUCUACAGUUUAGU